CCGGUCGAAGGUGGAAGCGAGACGUAGCCGCGGCCCACCAGCGCGGAGAUGCUGCUCCGGAGGCCGGGGGCUGGAAGGCGGCUGCUGGCGCCACGGCCUCGGAGACUCGGCUCCGAGGGCGCUCAAGGCUGAAUGCGCCGGACGCUCCCCCAAGGGUGGCACGCACACCAGCCUGCACGAUCUCCGUGCCCCAGGACGCCCGCCGGGGACCUGGAGCCUCCAGUGAAGAAGCCUUCCUGGUCUCUGGAACGGAGAGCAGAUGCACGCGCUUCUUCCCUCCAGCAGGAAAUCCCACGCCCCGUGCGCUGGGGCACUCGAGAGUGGACCCGCACCUCCGCUGGCAUUCACCCCGCAGUCUCUAAACCUCUAACUGAAGAGAGUACCCACCCAACUCCUCCCUCUCCGCCCCUCUUAGUUCGGCCAAUAAGCACAACUCUUCCAAAGAAAAAUUCCAGCGGAAGAGGACUCUUCUAAGGAAAAGAGACUGUCCUCGCAAAAGGAGCGAGAGCUCCCGGAGAGAAAGACGAGGAGCCCUGCCACCGGCACCAGCUUCCCAAGACUGCGCGAAGGAAAAGGGUACGGCGCCGGGCGAGGACAGGGUGCGCGGGCAUGAAGUUGGAGGUGUGCGGCUCCCGCGCGGCCCACGGGGACAAGCCGGGUAGUGACCUGGAGAGCGCGGGCGGCAGCGACGCGCCGUCUCCGCUGUCGGCGGCCGGAGACGACUCCCUGGGCUCAGACGGGGACUGUGCGGCCAACAGCCCGGCGGCGGGCGGCACCGCCAGGGAGCUGGCGGGCGGCGGCGAGCGUCGCUCGGGCGGCGGGCCAGACGCCGAAGAGCAGGGCCGGGCGGCGGCGGCGGCGGGGGACGCGGAGGCGGGGGCGGCGGGGCCCGGCGCGGGGAGCGCGGGGGGCGGCGAGGGCGCGCGCAGCAAGCCGUACACGCGGCGUCCCAAGCCCCCUUACUCGUACAUCGCGCUCAUCGCCAUGGCCAUCCGCGACUCGGCGGGCGGGCGCCUGACGCUGGCCGAGAUCAACGAGUACCUCAUGGGCAAGUUCCCCUUCUUCCGCGGCAGCUACACGGGCUGGCGCAACUCGGUGCGCCACAACCUCUCGCUCAACGACUGCUUCGUGAAGGUGCUGCGCGACCCCUCGCGGCCCUGGGGCAAGGACAACUACUGGAUGCUCAACCCCAACAGCGAGUACACGUUCGCCGACGGGGUCUUCCGCCGCCGCCGCAAGCGCCUCAGUCACCGGGCAGCGGGCCCCGCCCCAGGGCUUCGGCCCGAGGAGGUCGCGGUCCGCCCGGCCGCCGCGCCGCCGCCGCCCGCGCCCGCCGCCCCGUCCUCGCCCGCAGCGCCCGCGGCGCCCGUGCCCCCGCCCGCGCCGCGCGUCCUGUUCGCGCCCCUCUCCGCCUCGGCCCCAGCCAAGCCCGUCCGGGGCCCGGCGGCCGGCGGCGGCGCGCCCCUGUACUGCCCCCUGCGGCUGCCCGCGGCCCUGCAGGCCGCUGCCACCUGCGGCCCGGGCCGGCCCGUGAGCUACCCGGUGGAGACGCUCCUGGCCUGAGCGCCCCGCCGAGCCGGCGCGCAGGGCGCCGUCGGGGACGCGGCAGGGCAGGCGCGGGGCUUUGUACUUUCUAUCCAGAGGAAAAGAGACUUUAAAGGAAAAAUCUCCAUCAAACGUGCCUUAAAGCGAAAGCCUUUUUCACAGAGGUGUUUUAACUUAGUUCAGAACAUUUUCCUUCGUCUUUAUAACUUUACAGAGGACCAAAGCAAUUCUUCAUCAUUGUCUUAGUUUCCUGACCAAGCCUGUCCCUUCCUCCCGUCACAAAGACUUUUCCUCUCUUCUUUCUGCCCAAGCUCUCCCUUACUCCUGCAAUUUUUGUCGCACCUUCCUAUUUGUCCCUCAAAAAAAAAAAAGGAAAAAAAGCACAUCGGGGAACCAUUCUUUAUAAUAAACGAUAUGACUACUGUUUGGGGUUCAUUGGGACCCGCUCCCUGUGUGUCUGUGGCAUUUACAGGGAUGGCUGAGUGUAAGAGGUGUCAGAGAACCCUCAGUCAUUUCUCUGCUAUUGACCAUUGCUUCACUGUGCCAAAAAAUUAAAAAACAUAUAUUGUUGGGUUUUGUAAUUAAAUUAUUUAUAUAUUUUUGAAACCUGGGUUGAAAAUGUUGCAGGCAACGGGCUACACCUUUAUUCGUGGUUCAGUGAUCUCUAACUGUGGUCUCCCUGUGCCAAGCCGUUUCUUUAAAGGAAAAGUUAACAUUAUGUAUGUGGGGUGCCAGGACACUGCCACAUGAAAGCAACUGUAAUGUUUAUUUUUAAUAUUAUUUUAUUUGUGUCUGUGUACAUAUUCAUGUAUAAGUUUUAUGAAACCCAGGCAUAGCGCUUAUUUUUUAAUAAAACUCACAACUGACUUUA